AUCUGACAAACCGUCUUUCACUCAAAAAUCCUUUAAAAAUUACAAACAUCCCAAAACCGUUUCUCAAAUCUGAUAAAAUAUCAGGAAAUUGCCAAAUUGUAAGGUGGGCGAGAUGCGUCAAUGAAAGUGGAGUGAAAAUGUUAAAGCACACGACUUAUGGCUCCUGCCACCGGCGCUCGCAUGGCGGAAAAAACUGUAAGCUUCAAUACACACUGCAAUCUGUACGAAUCCCAGUUAGAGUCGAUAGCGAGAUGGCUGAGCUGCAACGGGGAGGUGUGGGGGAUGGGCCCCACAGCGGUGUUCGCGAGCGCCGCCGCUCUCUUCCUGUACAACGAGCUGGAGGCGACCGUGUUCAUAGCUGGCGACCACGGCCGGGUCUCGCUGUUAGAGAAGACCCUCGUUUCAACUAUGGUGCUCGGAAUGUUGGCAUUGAUGAUUCACCUUUGGGUGUGUUCUAUGCGCUUCUUUCAGUACUAUCUGGACACCCUUAUUAAAGACAGUCCAAGUAUGCUGCUCGAGAUGACCACAGCAAGUCUCCUGGGCAAAAACGAGUUAAUCGCUCUCGGUCCUUUGACCCGGUUCCUCAAACUGCAGCAGCCUCAGAUCCACAUAACAGUGUGCUGGUUCCUCUCGCUCUGCUACGCCGACUACGUGAGGAAGCACUACUGCCAGCGGUUCAACAUGCCAUAUCUGGAGCAGUGGCAAGCCGAGUUGCACGAGCGCGCAUCCCGCGGCGUCAGCAGCACCGUGGCGCGGGUGAACAGCUUCGUGGGGGCCGUGCAUCAGCGUCUGCGGGGGUUCAGACAGGAACCUCUCACCAAUGACGCGCACACUGUUGCGUGCUCGAUGCAUGCGUCGUCGGUGGAGGUCCGCCGAGCCAGCAGCCACGUGUCACACGAGUGGGUCAGCCUGGGAGCCAAGAGGUCGCAGCAAGUGUGCGCGCGCCUCGUCGGCCAGUCCAGCGACACCGUGGCGGCUGCCAUUGAGAAACUCCAAACAUUUGUUGCGGAAACCCGAUGUUCCUGCAAUAUUGCGCCGAACGCCCGCGAGUGUGCUUCUUGCCCCUCCGUGCUCUCCUACCAAGAGGACCUACUCCGAAAACCAACCCUGGAGGGUCCUUGCAGGGUUGAUUUGGCCUCAUAACUCCUAAUCUUAUUGUAACUUGUACCUGAAUUUUAAUAAACGUAUAUCUACACCCAGUGUUAA